AUGUCCUCGACCGUCAGAAGGCGAGGGACAGCGAAGGCGACAAUGUGCCGUACGUGCUUGCGCGCACGGUUAGGAGCAAUCUACAAUACUUGGCGGCGCAAGAGAUUGGGGCUACUGGGCAAGGAAACCAAUGCCGGCGCGGAAUGUUGUGCAGCCGCUAUGGGCAUGUUUUGCGGCAAGGGGAAGGAGGGCAUUCCUCGUGAUGUCGUUCUAGCGUUGCUGAGGCACUAGUAGGCUCGCAUCCACGGGUCUGUUCGAACGAGAGGCCUGGUUGAAGUCGACAGAGAUGUUUUGUUUUUGCGGUUGUCUAGUUGCACUGGCGGACAGUGCGAAACUUUCGCUUAAAAAAAUAAUGCAUAAGAGAAAGUACCAGGGUUGUUGUUGGGGGGCUACUCAGGCGUGCAUGUGUGGGCAGAGGGGGACUAGAGGUUCUGCGCUCGACGUUUUUUUCUUAGGGCAAAGGGGGAGUAGAGGGUCUGCGCUAGGCAUUUUUGUUUUUUAAGCUCAGCUUGUUCUGUUUAUCAUUCUAUACAGGGCCACUUUGGCAACGAGCAGGAGGGACACAAUAAAUAUAAGGCGAGAAACGCUGCGGCAGUGCACCUGCGAUGUGCGACGUCUAGUUGCGGCGUGAUGCCGAAAAAGAAAAUCCGCUGUCCGUCACCAGCGCAUAUGUGGGAGACAAGCUACGCGUAGGCCCCGCGACAGUCGACGCUUUUCCGCUGACAUGCAUCCUAAAAAUACACGGCUGCCCAUAUGAAGCACACAAAGACCCGGCUGUCCCUUCCUCGGAUGCUGGCUUUGGCGCACGCCAAGCUCCACAGCUGCGAGUGUGUAUGUGUGUUUUUUUUUUCCAAGCCAUCUUUUGUUGUCUUCUCCGCUACCCC